GAGUAGCAUAGCAUGAUUAUCAGAAAAUAAAGAGGGGGAAAACUGAAAAAGGCAAGUAGUACGUUCAAGCAGUCACACACAACUACCGUCGUUACAACCCGAAUUGAAGUAACUAUAUUAAUUGCUUCCUUCUCAGUAUCUUCUGUUUCCAUCUUUGAAACCCGAAUUGAAGUAAGUGUUUCGUUUAUUUAUUUAGUUCAGUGACAAUUUGUGUUCCCGCGUGUUUUUGAACACCAACUGUUUGUUAAAAUAACCCAACUAUAUACAAUACCAAAAUGCUAAUUCUUCAAACAGCUAUUGUGCCCGGAAGCUUCUCACCUUUUCAUGCUACAAAACUUGAUACAAAUUUUCAAUCUUUUUCUCAUUCACGGUUCUUUUCUUAUUCAACUAAAUCUACCCAUCGAAUUGUAAAGCCUAUAUCAAUAUCAUGUUCUGUUUCAACUAACUCUAGUUCGAAACCUGAACCGGAAAACAAUUCUACCUCCAAAUUAAGAGGGGGAAAUAAGGGGAAAAGUUCCCAACAUGAAGAUGAUGUAUCCAUUAAUAAGGGUGAUGGAAAAUCUGAGGAUAACUUCCCGACAAUUAUUCCAAGGAAGCCGAGGCGCGGUCGUAAAAGUGAGGCAAUGAAAGUUGAAGAUUUUAUACGUAACAGACUCCAGACCACAUUCGAUGCAAUUCGGCAACAAAAUGCGGAUGCUUUGAAGAAUCAUAAGGAUAUAAUGAAGGACAGUGUACAUGACGAGUCUAAAUCAAAAGAAAGCGACGAUGAAGAUGAUGAUGAGGAGGAGGAGGAGGAAGAUGAAAAUGAUGGAGGAAAGAAGGGUGUAAUUGAGGAAGAAAGUGAGAGCUGGCCAUUGGAUGCGGAUGUUGGGUGGGGAACUAGAGCUUCAGAGUAUUUUGAGAAGCAUCCAAUAAAGAAUGUUGUGGGAGAAGAUGGUGUUGAAAUUGACUGGGAAGGGGAGAUUGAUGAUAAUUGGGUGCAGGAGAUCAAUUGUUUGGAGUGGGAAAGUUUUGCUUUUCAUCCCAGCCCUUUAAUUGUUCUUGUCUUUGAACGCUAUAACAGGGCAACUGAUAACUGGAAAAAUUUGAAAGAGCUGGAGAAAGCAGUAAAGGUGUUCUGGAGGGCUAAAGAUCACUUACCUCCUCGGGCGAUUAAGAUAGACAUUAACAUUGAGAAAGACUUGGCUUAUGCCCUCAAAGUUCGAGAAUGUCCUCAAAUUUUGUUUUUACGGGGCAAUAAUAUGGUGUACAGGGAGAAAGAACUCAGAACUGCGGACGAGCUGGUUCAGAUGAUUGCAUUUUUCUAUUACAAUGCAAAGAAGCCUGCAUGGAUAGAUGACAAGGCCUUGUAUUCGCGUUCAUAAUUGUUUUUUCAAGAAUGUCACAUGGCCCUCAUGGCGUAGCAAUUCUAAAUUACAAUAAUGAUCAACUAUAUAAAACUAAAGAUAUAUAUCAAGAUUAUUUAAAUCUAGAAGCAUGUUGUUGACCUAACCUUCCUGACUCACCAACAGGUAAGUUGCCAUGCCUUUCAGUGUGCUGUGUUGGAUCAAAAUUUGAAAUUGCAUGUGGUAUGAAAAUUGUGUAUAAAUUGUUUCCCUUGAGAUUUAUGUUGCUUUAAAAUAAUACAGUUUUUAUUAUCUUUUUUCUUUUGA